AUGUUUUUUUCAGUUUUAGGAGUAAUUGCAAGUUCAAUGGAAAAUGUUGCUGUUGAAAUUCGUCACUUACAAAGAACUGAGAUUGCGGAAAUUGCCGAAUAUUUUUCUACUGGACAGAAAGGAAGCUCUGCCAUGCCGCUCAGGUAUAAAAGUUUGCCGAUGGUG